CUUCUGCUUCUUCUUCUUCUUCUUCUUCUUCUCAACUCACCCAUUCUCAAUCCUCGCGGGACAUUUAUCGGGCGAGGGAAAAAGGUAAGUUUUUGGCGGACAGAGAGAUCGAACAACUUCACAUUUAGUCUCUGGGUGAUAGACGAUUUUGAAUCUACUAGUAUUUAAAACCUUGCUGAUUUAGAAACGCCUGAGUGCAUUAUCUUCGAGGAAAAUGCAUAGAGCAGCCAGUAAACGGGUAACUAGGAGUAGUGGAUCUGGUUUGAAGCAGACAAACGUAGAGAUUAAUCCAACUGUUGACAAAGUAUCUGAACAAGGCCAAAAUUCAGAGGCAGGGAGUCACAUGCCAAAUGAUGCAAAUGAAAAUGGACAUUUGCAUCAUGAUAUUAUGGAAAAUGGAAAGGGGAAUGAACAACUGAAACCAACCCCUCAAACCGGGAAGAAGAGAUCUAGUACUAAUACCAAAAUUUCAGGGUCGCAUCGUGAACUUGUCAUUGGUCUUCCUUGCCGCGGGCAAUUUGAAAUCCAUCGGUCCAGGUCAUCUACGAGUUCGAAGAGGUUAGGAGGAGGUGGAGAAAGGAAUGUGUUGUUUUCAAGUCACAAGGGAGCUCAGAGAUCUAAGGAAGAUGCUGGAUCAUCUUCGGUUGCUGCUAAUUCCACACCUGUAGGUCGACCAAAGAAAAGGAAUAAGACUAUGAAGAAAGGAGAAGUUAGAGAAGAUGAUGAGUACACAAGAAUCAAAAAGAAACUUCGAUACUUUCUAAACCGGAUUAGCUAUGAGCAAAACCUAAUUGACGCCUAUUCUUUAGAAGGCUGGAAAGGUUCAAGCCUGGAAAAGAUAAGGCCAGAGAAAGAGCUUGAACGAGCCACAAAGGAAAUUUUGCGGCGCAAGCUUAAAAUUAGAGAUCUUUUUCAGCACCUUGACACACUCUGUGCUGAAGGAAGCCUUCCAGAGUCUUUAUUUGAUUCUGAUGGAGAGAUUUCUAGCGAGGAUAUCUUUUGUGCAAAAUGUGGUUCAAAGGACUUGUCUGUUGAUAAUGAUAUCAUACUAUGUGAUGGGUUUUGCGAUCGAGGCUUUCACCAAUACUGUCUUGAACCACCUCUGCGGAAAGAAGAUAUUCCUCCGGAUGAUGAGAGUUGGCUAUGCCCCGGAUGUGAUUGCAAAGAUGACAGCUUGGACUUGCUUAAUGAUUCUUUAGGGACAAAACUUUUGGUCAGCGACAGUUGGGAGAAAAUAUUUCCUGAGGCUGCAGCAGCGUUGGCUGGUGGAGGUCAAAAUCUUGACUGUGAUCUUCCUUCAGAUGAUUCUGAUGAUGAAGAGUAUGAUCCAGAUGGUUUGAAUGAUAAUGAAAAUGAUGAAGAUGGCAGUGAUGACAAUGAAGAAUCUGAGAACGAAGAUGAUAGUUCUGAUGAAUCUGAAUCUACAUCUGCAUCUGACAAAAUGAUCGAGUCAUUUAAAGAAGGGAAAGAUAUAAUGAAAGAUAUAAUGGCCCUUCCAUCUGAUGAUUCUGAGGAUGAUGACUAUGAUCCUGAUGCCCCGACUUGUGAUGAAGAUAAAGAAAGUUCAAAUUCUGAUUGUACAUCAGACUAUGAAGAUCUUGAAACUUCCUUCAAAGGAGAUGAGUCUAAUCAGCAAGCUGAAGAUACACCAUUUGAGGAUCCUGGCAGACAGACGUCUCAGCUCCCGUGUGAUGCAAUUUUAGAGUCAGAUGUUGGGCUUGAUGAUGGUCCUGCCGGUGUAUCCAGAAGGAGGAAUGUUGAAAGACUGGAUUACAAAAAGUUGUAUAAUGAGGAAUAUGACAAUGUUCCGACUUCGUCAAGUGAUGAUGACGAUUGGGAUAAAACUGCAAGAAUGGGAAAAGAAGAUUCCGAGUCAGAAGAUGAAGGGGACAUUGUACCUCUGAAACAGUCUUCAAAUGCAGAAGAUCAUACUUCUAAGAAACCUAGACGGAAGUCGAAAAGGACAGAUAAAAAGGAUACCUUGGAAGUGCCACAAGAAUGUCCUGGAGAAAAUGGUGGUUCUGGUGAAAUUGAAAAAAGCAGCUCUUCAGCAAAUAAACAGACAGAUCCCAAAACUCAGAGAUUAUACAUAUCUUUUCAAGAAAAUCGAUAUCCAGACAAAGCCACGAAGGAGAGCUUAGCCAAAGAGCUACAAAUGACAGUUACGCAAGUUAAUAACUGGUUUAAGAAUAGGCGUUCGUCGAUAAACAGCAAACCUUUAGUUUCUGAGGAAAAUGUCGAGAAGUUAAAAACAGGUAAGGAAGGUGAAUGUGAGACAUCUGUUGCUGGAAGUAGCGUACAAACUAUGGAAACUGAGUCAGUUGCAGAGAAUAAGAGCAGGGCAUCGGAAUCAACCAAUACUGGAUCGCGGAAAAGAAGAAGAAAGUAAAUUUUAGAUUCAAUCAUGAAGGUUUUAGAUCUAAUGCAAGGACAUAAAUGAACACAUACUUCCCAAAACCCCAAGAUAUGAAGACAUCAAACCCUGCAAAGCAUCGGGUUUGUUCAGUUGUUUGUUUCGCAUUUUUGGGGUACCUCGAAUUUGAGGCAAAAGAAAGAAAGAUUUUCUUCAAAAUUGGAUGAUAUGUUCAUUUUUAACGGUUAAGAAGUUAAGACUUACUAUGAAAGUUUUUGUUAUUUCCAA